UUUCUGUAGCGUAAGCAUGAUCUUAGCGUCUGGUCCAUCAAGUCUACGACACAUGGUGCAGUUGCAGAACGUAAACAAGACGAGACUGCCGGUGUUUAGGACUGAAAAUGCUUUAUUUCGUCGGGUUAGGACUUGGUGAUGCAACAGAUAUAACAGUUAAAGGACUUGAGACUGUCAAGAAAUGUAGUCGUGUCUAUUUAGAGGCGUAUACAUCCAUUCUUGGUGUUGAAAAAGACAAACUGGAGGAGUUUUAUGGAAAAGAUGUAAUCUUGGCUGAUCGGGACAUGGUGGAGCAAAAUUCAGAGGAAAUGUUUCGAAAUACUAGUGAAGAAGAUGUUGCAUUUCUAGUUGUUGGAGAUCCAUUUGGGUGAUUAGGGCACAUAGAAAAAACUGUUAGAUUAUCACUCCCACCAACGUCAAAAAUUUGGAAUAUAUUGAUGCGGGAAUAAAAAAAAUUCUGUUUGCCGCAUCAUUUAUUUCAUCAACAUAAAGAAAACAAUGAAAUUUUGUGACUGGAAGUACAUUUUCUUUAAAAAACAAUAAAAUGAAGCCAGUUUUUAUACAAUAUUUACAAUAUUCAUGCAAAAUUAAAACAGUCCAUCCCACAUCGAUUAAAAAAAAGGAAUAUUCUAUUGUUCUGAUAAAAAAAUAAUUAAAAUAAAAAAUAUGCCCACCCUUAUCACUUUAAAAAAAAAAAAAAAGAAAAAAGAGUGAUAGUCUAAUAAUUGUUUCUCUGUACCCUUAGAUAUAUUUUU